CUCUUGACCAUCAUUUGAGUUGCUACCUUCUCGUUCCUGAACACGUGUUUAUAUGUGUCUGAGAAGAUGAGACAGGACGUAGAAAUGAAGGUUAACAUUAUUGAAUCGGUAGACGAAACAAAAUUUGAAGGAAAUGCGGGAUGGGCGGAUGUUAUGCAAAAAAUUUUAAAAACAAAAAAGCCAAAGAGGAAACAAACAGUGGUUUUAGCUAAGGCAAAGAAGUUGUGUGAUGUGAAGAAAAUUGAGAAAAAAGAAAAUAUCUCUCUUGAAAUUGACAAUGUUGAAGAUCAAGUUGCAAUAGAUCUAAAAAAAAUAAAUAAUGAAGUGAAACUUACUGCACAGGCAAAGCCAAGAAAAAAAGAGAAAAGUCUUGGCAUCAGGGUCAAACCAUGUAUUACAGACAGAGAGCGUGAACGAAUGCUGCAAAAAAUUGCUACAAAAGGGGUUGUACAACUGUUUAACGCAGUGAGACAGCAGCAAACAGAUAUAAGCAAGAAAUUGUCUCAAGCAGGAUCAUUAGAAAGAAAACGUGAACAAGUACUGAAAAAUGUUGAUAAAAAUGCUUUCCUAGAUAUUUUGAUGGGUAAAGCUAAUAGUAUAUCAGUUGAUAAGACUCUUGAACCUGAGGAAGCAGUUAAAUCCACAGAAGAUAAAGGCAAAGAUGACAAAAUAUGGAGUGUUCUCAGAGAUGAUUUUGUCAUGGGGGCUAAGUUAAAAGACUGGGACAAGAAAAAUACAGAUGAUGAAGAUUCUUCUGCUCCUGAAGAUAUUGAUACUGAUGAUUAAUUAAAAUAAAAGUAUUCUUUAUGUAAAUUCCUUAGUAGGAACCAAAAAUGGUCAACAGUAAUAAUUUUUAAAUGAAAACUACCAAAAAAUCUUACUAUUGUACAGGAUCCUGAUUGUAUAUUCAAAAAUUGCAUUUUCACUCACGAGAGUCAUUUUCAGAGAAUAAGAUAGCGUAUCAAGCCAUACCAAAUACAUGUCAUUUAAUUAUUUUUUGCAGUAUAAGCAAUGCAAUCACCUAAUUGAUUAUAAAUAAAAUGUAAAUAUAGAAUGU